GUUCCUUGCGCUUGAAGUCACCAGCAAUUACACUGUGUUACUUACGUCGGUGGGUUAAGUUAGAAACAAUCGUUUUCGUUUGUGUGAAGCUUGCCUUUGCUCGUUACUUAUUGCAUUGAACAAAUCCAGAAGUUGCUUGGAAAAUGGAAACUGCAACCUCGAGGACGAUACACUCGUGCCGUUUAUAUACCCUUUGCAACUGGUUUGUGUUCAUUGCUUCAUUUUUCAUCGAGAAGUGUUGGUGGGUGUGAAAUGGGUGGUCAAAGUUCUAAGGAGAAUAGUUGGAGGCAGAGUUCAUCGGUAGGGUCAAGUUGUUCUGCAUCCUCUUGGAGUGCUUACUUGGAUCCGAUAUCAGGUUAUGCUUUUGAUGAUCCACAACCCUCUUAUUCUUCGUUUGGCUGUGAAGCUUACGGUGGUGAUACAUUGAUACCUUAUGAUAGUGCAAAGCUAGAGAGGACAAACUCAAGAAUUGUUGAUCGCUACAAUUCCAUAGAACAGGUUACUGAGGCUCUUGAGCGGGCAGGGCUUGAGUCUUGUAAUCUAAUUCUUGGUAUUGAUUUCACCAAGAGUAACGAGUGGACAGGCAAGAAAUCGUUCAAUGGUCGGAGCUUGCAUCACAUUGGAAGUCUUCCGAAUCCUUAUGAACAAGCAAUAUCAGUUAUUGGGAAAACCUUGGCUGCAUUCGAUGAGGAUAACUUGAUCCCCUGUUUUGGAUUUGGAGAUGCAUCAACACAUGAUCAAGAUAUCUUCAGUUUCUACCCGGAUGAAAGAUCUUGCAUUGGAUUUGAAGAGGUGUUAAGUCGGUAUAGGGAAAUUGUUCCUCGUCUUCGACUUGCUGGGCCUACUUCAUUUGCACCAAUAAUUGAAAUGGCCAUGACAAUUGUAAAGCAGAGUGGUGGCCAGUACCAUGUUUUGGUGAUAAUCGCAGAUGGCCAGGUAACAAAAAAUGUUGGCAGACAUGGGAAACUAAGUCCACAGGAGCAGAAGACUGUGGAUGCCAUUGUUGCAGCUAGUAAAUUUCCUCUUUCAAUUGUAUUUGUUGGAGUUGGAGAUGGUCCAUUUCAUACGAUGAAGGAAUUUGAUGACAAUAUCUCGUAUCGUGUCUUCGAUAAUUCUAAGUUUGUGAACUUCACGGAGAUUAUGUCAAAGAACAUCCCUCCUUCACGAAAAGAGGCAUCGUUUGCGCUUUCUGCAUUGAUGGAAAUUCCUUCUCAGUAUAAGACAGCAAUAGAGCUUAAUCUUGGUUGUCUGCAAGCCAGUGAUCCUCAAAGGGUUGCCCUCCCACCUCCCACAUAUACUGGUAUCCACCCAACUCCCACAGCUCCUUCUGCCCUAUGUUUCACCUAUGACAAUGAGCUUUGUCCCAUUUGUCUGAGCAAUGCAAAAGACAUGGCCUUCGGAUGUGGGCAUCAGACAUGUUGUGAGUGUGGAGCAGAUCUUGAGUCAUGCCCCAUGUGCAGGAGCCCCAUUAACACCAGGAUUAAGCUUUACUACUAAUCAUACUUCUUUCUUUUCCUUUAUGUUGUGCCAAUAGCAAUUCUUUGCUUUUUUUCUUCAUCGGUUAAAUUCGUAGAAGAAUAGGAUUUGAUGUUGUACAUAUGUGUAUUUGAUUAAUUCUU